AUGAGAAAGAAAUUAAAUAAAUUUACUCAGUAUGGUUUUAUUGAUCAAAUUAAACAAUUUUUUCCUAUUUUAUUUUGGCUUCCAAAUAUUACCAAAUCAGAUUUUUUCAAAGAUAUUAUUGCUGGUAUUACAGUUGGAAUACUUUGUGUACCACAAGCUAUGGCUUAUUCUGCAUUAGCAAAUGUGAAUGCAGUGAUUGGAUUGUAUACAUCAUUAUUUCCUACUUUAGUUUAUGUUAUAUUUGGUACAUCAAAGCAUAUCAAUCUUGGUAUGUUUGCAGUUGCAGCAUUAAUGACAGGAAAUGCAUUGGAACGUAGAAUGGAAGAUAUAUUUGAUAAAAAUACCACUGAUUUAUAUAAUUUACAAAUGAUUGAUAAUAAUAUUUUAACUGUUCGAUUGAUGGCUACUCUAACAUUUACUGUUGGUUUCGUUAUGGUAAUUUGUUUAUUUCAUCUAAAUUAA